GGGGUAACGAAAAUAAUAUAGUAUAUCAACAUCUUCCUCAACCCACAGAUUCAAGUCAGCAGUUCAAAGUUAAUGUUACUAAUAUAUAUAUAAAUAAUAAUCAAAUUAACUUAAAUGGGUUAAUCUGGUUUGAUAGCGGAAUCCAAUACAUCCAGCUAGAUGAUAAUAGUGCUAGCGAAAUUGUAAAUCAAUUACCGGGAGGAAAUUAUUCUAAUGGUAUCGCAACUGUAGAUUGUAAUAUUUCAGAUACUUUUGAUCUAUCUUUUGAAAUUGCAAAUAAAAAGUGGAGACUACCAUCAAGCGUAAUUAGUAAAGAUAAAGUGAGUGGUACAAAUAAAUGUGAAUCUAUAAUUACUGGCGGCGCUAAUGACGGUUCUUGGAUAUUUGGAAGUGCCUUUAUUGCGAACUUUUAUAUGGUUUUCGAUCAAACAAAUUCGCAAUUUGGUAUUGCUUCUCGAAGCGAUAUUAAUUAUGGUCCUGCUCCUUCUGCUCCUCCUGGCUCUGUUGGAAUAAUGAUUCAAGUCCCUGGAAAUGAUGCAAAAUGCUUGCAGAUAAAAAGUUCAAAAAUGGGACCUAAAGCAUUUUCUUUGUCUAAUAAUACUGAUCCGGAUGGGUUUUACCAUGUAGACAAAACAGUUUAUCCCGCAAUGACUGACGUUUUAUAUACUUUUUACUUUUCUCCAUAUUCAUUAAAUGGCUCGGAAUGUCCUGUGACUGAUGAUGGAUCUAUAGCUACUACUCCUCAGUUAAAAGCAGACACUACAACUGAUCCAUGGAAAAUUACAAUAAGAGCUUAUUCUGUCGGAGUAAAAGUUCAUGUUCCUGUUGGAAUAACAAAUUAUGUGGAAAUAGAUAGAGUGAAUGAUAUUGGAUUUGCUUGGUACACGCCAUAUUUUUAUAUAGAUAAAGUAGAUAACGAAGGGUAUUUUUAUAUAAACAAUUUUUUGGUAUACAAUGGCUGUCGAUAUAUCUUUUUUGCUACUCCUGAAGUACAUACGCCUACUUUAGUGCCAAACCUUACAAAUGAUCCAUGGGCAGUAGUCAUCAACAGUGUGUAA